GCAGACGACAGCAAGUCGGGUGCCAUUGUUCAUCGCGUUUGCAACGCAACGACGACACCCUCGAUCCAAGCUCCGGUGAUUUGCCCACGCACGCGGUCAGGGCGGUGCAGGAGCGGACAAAUUCGAGAGGUGGUGCGAAUCAGCAAUUGGUCGGAGCACCACGUCGAUGAACGAUGGCUGGCUCGCGUUGAAGGGGGAAAAGAAACAAAGAAAUUCGAGUCCAGAGGAGGGCCAGAAGAGAAAACGAGCGUGAAACGAGAGGGGUUACACCCGCCGGGGACACCAAAGAGCGAUGCCCGCGGCGUUCGAUCCGGUUCGCGACUCAGUGCAGUCACCCACCUCGGAGACGGACCGACCUCAGAGCAGGAGACCCUCGCGGUCUGCAUCGAUUGCCGAUGUGCUCAACCAUGAUGACGAGGAUGGCAUAGCCGUACGCUCCCUCUCCUCAUCGAGUGGCGGACCGGGAGCAUCCAGCUCCAACGUCAGCUCAUUGCGAGCGGCAUACUCGCCCCCGAGCUACAUGGCCAAGCUGCCGCCCACCAUCGCAUCGCCCACCAGCUAUUCGACACACCUUCCCCACUCGUCUGGCAAUGGCGGCCCUUCGCAAAUGCCGCCCUUGCGAAACCAGAGGUCGCCUUCGCUCCAGCACCUGCUCAAUUCCGGUCCGAGCCCAGGCCAUUCUGCCAUGGCAGGUCCCUCCGGUCCCUCGAGUCCCGGAUCAGUCGAUGGGCAUUACGCGCCUCCAGCUCAUGGUCGAGGACGAGGCAUGUCGAUGUCUUCGGACGACCAAGGGGGUCACUCUCGGCUCAGGGUAGAUAGCAGUGACAUACCGCCAGACUACCACCACCGAACCUCGCCCGGGUUUGCGGGCCAGCGGCCGCCGAUGGGAAGCUCGCCCACAUCUCACUUUGCGAUACCAGAGGUGCCGAAUCGUUCCCCAGAGUCGAUACGGUCGAGAUUGUCGAUCCAUCGUCUGAGUCAGUCUCCUGGGACGGUGCCGGUGCCACUGCCGCCUCACCACAUUCCCUCGACCCAGCAUCCUUAUUCGAUGGGCCCUCCCCCGGCGCUUCCUCCACCUCUGCCUUCGCCCCAUUCGCAGUACCCUCAGCCACUGGCCUCUCCACACUCCCUUCCUUCUCCCCAUACGCAACAACCACCGCUUCCACCCCCGCAUCAGUACCCUGCCUAUGGACAUGCUCACGCACCGCCACAAUCUCCCGCUGGGCCUGGGACGCCCAUCUAUGCGCACCACCCGCGUUCGCAUCCUCCCCCUUCACAGCAGCUCCCAUCGCCCUACCAUCAUGGCCCCUCACCGGAGUCGCCACACACCAUGCCUCAGACGACGGAAGGCAGCUACUAUGCCCCGACUUCCGGCCAUCCUGGCUGGUCACAUACUCCUAGCGAGGGAGGAUCUCUCAAUAGAUCUUCCGUCGGACACGAUGGGAGGAGCGGCGCUUACUUUCCCGCACCGCUUCCCGCCGAGUAUGUGGCACCUUCGGUGAACCAUGCGAGCAGCUCACAGCCAGCCCUGCCUCCGGCGAAUCGACCGAUGGAGCGACUGGAGCCAUCCAAUUCCCCACCACAGGCCAAAAAGUCGAGACGGGAGAGCACACGUGAUGAAGCCAUGGAUAGGGUGCAGGCAGAGGGUCUUGGAGCAGAUGCUCAGCAGCAGCAAGAGCAGCACCCACCGCCAGAAGAGCUACCAGCAUCGACUUCUGCUGAUCCACCUCCAAAGCGAGGCAGAGGAAGACCGCCAAAGCAAAGGGUGAAAGAGGAGACAAGCACGGAGGCCACUGAGACGAAGCAGAGGAGAGCCUCGGUCGCAGAAAAGGAAGAGAAAGCAAUGGCAAAGGGUCUCGAGUCGGACGUGAAGAUCGAGAAAGAUGCUGCAUCAGAGCUUUCGAAGCCUGUACGGGGCAAUUCCGGACCAGACAAGCUGCUGCCGAUCAAAAACUCAGCAAUACCUAAAGAGGAAAAGUCGCCAAAGAAGGAGAAACCAGAAGACACUAAGAUGGAGGAGGUUGACGACGAGGUCCAAAAUGGAAAUGGGCCGGUGCAGAGCGACCUUGCGUAUGCGCCAAAGCAGCGCGUGUCAGUGCCCACUGUUACGCGAAUGCCACUGACCAGAGCAGAGGUGGACCAGCUCCGGGGAAGCUCCCAGAAUCCCCUUCGUCGCAAGUGGCUCGAUGAAAAUCCGGGCUCGUCGGAUGGAUGGGAGGUGAUGCUGGCCCGGUUCGCCUCAGAGGAGGGCGGACAGCUGCGCGCUCCUAAGCGCAAACGGGAAUCAACUACCGCUGUGGCCAGCCUUGCCAACGGGGAGGGCGAUGCCGCGUCACUAGUGGCAGCCCACUACAAUUCGCGAACGGAUGUCGGUUUGAAUGCACGUCGAGAGUCGCCCAUCUUGCCCCUCCGCAACUUCAACAAUUGGGUCAAGAGCGUCUUGAUUGGUCAAUUCUGUCAGCAUGGUGGCAAGGUGCUGGACCUGGGUGGAGGGAAAGGUGGCGAUCUGCAAAAAUGGGAAAAAGGCAACAUUUCUGAGUAUGUCCUCGCCGACAUUGCCGAGGUCAGUGUGGCGCAGGCCCGACAACGCUACGAGGAACGACGACUCCGAUUUCGAGCCAAAUUUUACGCCUUUGACUGCUUCAGCAACCCUCUUGCGGAGCACAUUGAACCGCAAGUGUUGCAGCGCGGCUUUACCAACGUCUCGCUGCAGUUUUGCAUGCACUACGGGUGGGAGUCGGUACCCAAGGCCAACCUCAUGCUCGAAAACAUUGCGCGCUACCUCGAGCCUGGCGGCCACUUUGUCGGCACGAUUCCCAACUGUGACGAGUUGCGAAGGAGGUUGACUGCGCUGCCUGAUCCUGCAUCGGCCGAGGAGGAAGAGGCGAACCCGACCAAGGGACUCAAGUUCGGCAACGACUUUUACCACGUCACAUUCGACCCAGCCCAGCGCGAUAAGAAGUACAAGGAUCCUCCUUUCGGCCACCGCUAUCGCUUCCACCUCAUCGACGCCGUCGAGGGCGUCGACGAAUACGUGGUGGACUGGGAACAAUUUCUGAGCCUGGCAGACCAGAAUGGACUGGAGUGCGUCUACAAAAAGAGGUUCGGCGAGGUGUGGAAUGAUGAAGGGAGAACGACCAGAUACUCGGCACUAGCGAGGAAAAUGAGAGUCGACGUGCCGUCUAAUGACCAACAGACGUUCCCUCCUUCCAUGCCUCCGGACCUGUGGGAAGCUUGCGACCUGUACAUCGCCUUUGCCUUUCAGAAAAAGAGUCGGCCGUGAUGAGAUGAGGGAGGGACACUGGCGGUCCUUUGCGUGCUCAUUGUUUAGCCAUUCUGUACUUUACAAAUGUUUCUUCUUCCUCUACGGUCAUUCAGCGGAAGCAGAUCAUAUCAAUCUGAUUUAACAUCGUCGAAUCCCGCUUGUGGGUCACGAUGACGACUGGAGUA